AUGGGUCGACAAGUCUUACUCAUUUUUGUCGUGCUCUUGGUUUUCGGAGCUUUCUACAACCUUUCUACUGUAUACCUUCACCACAGAAGAGUGGGGCCCGUCAAAAUCGAGCCCGUGACACCAAUGCCGUUUAACGAGCGAAAAACAAGAAUCGGGAAGUCGUUUUUCCACAUUGCUGUUACAGGUGAAGACUCUGCAUACAGCAAAUGGCAAUGCCGUAUUAUGUACUAUUGGUUUAAGAAGAAAAAGGAUUUGCCUGGUUCUGAAAUGGGUGGGCUCACUCGAAUUCUUCAUUCGGGAGUUUCGGAUGAUUUGAUGGAUGAGAUUCCCACAUUUGUAGUCGAUCCUCUUCCCGAAGGUAUGGAUAAGGGUUACGUCGUCUUGAACAGACCGUGGGCUUUCGUGCAGUGGCUGAAGAAGGCCGAAAUUAAAGAAGAAUAUGUAUUGAUGGCAGAACCCGAUCACAUAUUUUUGCAACCGUUGCCAAAUUUGGUGUACGAAGAAUAUCCUGCGGCUUACUCGUUUUUCUACAUGAAACCGGUUAAGUAUGCGAAAAUCGUGAGGAAGUUCUUCCCCAAGAAGAUGGGCCCCAUAACAAAUGUGGAUCCUAUUGGUAAUUCUCCUGUUAUAAUCAAGAAGGAGACUGAUGAGAAGUUUGGUUGGGUGCUCGAAAUGUAUGCGUAUGCUGUGGCCUCUGCUCUUCACGGCGUGCAACAUAUUCUCCGAAAAGAAUUCAUGCUGCAGCCUCCAUUUGACAGUGAAACCGAAGGCAAAUUCAUUCUUCAUUAUACGUACGGUUGUGACUACAAUUCUGAGGGUGAAUUAUUAAUCGACGAAAAAGGCGAGUGGAGGUUUGAUAAGAGAGAUUACUUACACAGCCCACCACCUCGAAAUCUAACUUUGCCCCCUCAAGGUGCUCCCGAAAGUGUGGCAACUCUUGUAAAAUUGAUCAAUGAAGCUACUGCAAACCUUCCUAAUUGGGAUUCAUCAGAACAUACAUGAUUUUUGAAGUCAUGAACCAAGUGUGAUGAGGUUCAAGUACUACUCGUACGAAUGAAUGACGGAGCGUAGGAAGGAUAAUUUUUUAUUUUCUUUUUCCUUAUGCUAAUCGGAAACUAAAUGUGUA